AAAUAUAUCUAACCGAUACCAUAAUCUUAUCAUAAACAACUCUUUAUAUAUUCAGUGAUAAAAUCCCCAGUACAGUUCUGGCAAGAUGAAGGCGUGGGUACUGAUCUCUCUCUUCGCUUUGGCGUUCGCUAAGCAUGAGCAGUAUAUUGGAUGGAAAUCGUACUACGUAGCACCAUCCAGCCAGGAUGAGCUGAAAGCCUUCGGCUCAGUGGUCCAGCAGCUGGACGUGGACAUCCUUAGCAAUCCGUACUUGGACCGCGAGGGUGUGGUGCUGGUUGAACCUCACAAGCAGAACAGCUUCACCAGCGCUCUGGAGAGCUACGGCAUCUCCUACAGAAUCCAUGCUGAUGAUAUUAAGGCGAAACUCGACUACGAUGACCAGCUCAUCGAAGAACAAAGAGUCGCUUCGAUGGCCAGGAAUGGCGCAAAGGAAAUGCCGUACGACAAUUACCAGGAGUGGGAGGUGAUCGAAGCUUAUAUGGAAGACAUCGCUCGCCGCUUCCCUAACGUUGCCACUCUGGUGACCGCCGCUAAUUCGUUUGAAGGUCGUCCCAUCAGAUACAUGAAGAUUUCCACCACAAACUUCCAAGACACAAAGAAACCUGUCAUCGUCAUCGACGCAGGCAUCCACGCGAGGGAAUGGAUCACCCCUCCUACAGUGACAUGGGCCAUUCGCAAGCUCACUGAAGAUGUCACUGAACCAGAUCUUCUGGAGAGAUUCGACUGGAUCUUGUUGCCGGUUGCGAACCCUGAUGGAUACAAGUUCAGUUUUACUUCCAGUCGUUUCUGGCGCAAGACCCGCUCCACCGACCAGCACGCGCUCAGCUACCUCUGCCCAGGAGUUGACGGCAACCGCAACUACGACUUCUUCUGGAACACCGUUGGAACCAGCUCCAAUCCUUGCACUGACACCUUUGGAGGCGGCCGCGCCUUCUCCGAAAUCGAAACAAGGGUCGUCAGAGACAUCUUACAUGAGCAUCUUCCCCGCAUCUCCUUGUACCUGACCAUGCAUAGCUAUGGAAGUAUGAUUCUUUACGCCUGGGGUCACGAUGGGUCUUUAUCGAAUAAUGCCUUCGGUCUCCAUACCGUGGGUGUGGCUAUGGCGGAAAAGAUUGAUGAACUUUCUCUAAGCCAUUUCCCAAGAUACGUGGUCGGAAACUCGGUUCUAGUGUUAGGUUACGGUGCCUCAGGAGCUUCGGAAGACUACGCGCAUCACAUCGGAGUGCCUCUGUCUUAUACCUAUGAACUGCCCGGUCUUUCAGGUGGUUUCCAAGGUUUCCACCUUCCUCCUCGGUAUAUUGAGCAAGUAUGCCGUGAGACCUGGGAAGGUAUUGUGGCCGGUGCCAGAAAAUCUGGUGACAUGUUCAUUUCUGCUCCUUAAUCUGCCUUAACAUUUUAGGGGCCGAGCAGACACUGAUUACUUGUAGUACCAGAUACGACAUUUGAUUUUUAUAGCAAUUUAAUUAAAGCAAUUGUCAGUUUCUUAAUAAUUAUUAUAUGAAACCUGAGCAUUAACAGCGCGUUGCCAUUAUAUGUUAUCUGUCUGAUGCAACAAUUUUCCAGCGUCUGCGCGAUUCCUUAUUAAAAAGACAUUGUAAUUUUGUACAUACCUAUUAUUAUUUAUCUAUAUGUUGUAAAUAAAUUAUUUAUAAUUAUCACA